AACAGUGGACAGUGUUUCAAUUAAAGGUCGCCUCACCUGCCUCAACGAACAAAUCACAAUGGUUAAAUCCUCUCUGUGCAAUUCCUUCCUUUCGCCCCUUGUAUACCAUAACAAAUGAAUGAAAAUCAGAAAGGAAAAUAGAGAGAGGGACACACACGCUCACUCUACAAUCUACAAUCCAGAGAAACUCAUGCAUAAAAAUGAGGCAACCUCCACCAGGCAACAGCUAUUGCCAAAUUUAGCUAACAACGAUUGUCAGAUGUUUUGUCCAACGCUAAACCCUCUUUCUCUAUCUCUCUGAGAAUUGAGAAACAACCCCCCAAAUCCUUCAUCUUCAUCAACUUUUAUGGGUGGACAAUCAGGGAAAUGGAUGAUACUUGUGGCGACAAUAUGGAUACAGGCUUUCACAGGCACAAACUUCGACUUCUCCUCCUACUCCUCCGACCUCAAAUCUGUUCUGGGGAUUUCUCAGGUGCAGCUUAACUAUCUGUCUAUGGCCUCUGAUAUGGGCAAGGCAUUGGGCUGGUGUUCUGGGGUCUCCCUUUUGUAUCUUCCCAUGUGGGUGGUCAUUUUCAUUGCUGCCUCCAUGGGAUUCUUUGGUUAUGGCCUCCAAUGGCUUGUCAUUCGGAAAUUCAUCUCUUUGCCUUAUUUCCUGGUAGUCAUACUGUGCUUGUUGGGAGGUUGCAGCAUCUGUUGGUUCAACACAGUUUGCCAUGUUCUAUGCAUCAAAAACUUCCCAACCAGCCUACCACUUGCCCUGUCUCUCAGUGUCAGUUUCAAUGGGGUAAGUGCAGCUCUAUACACCCUCAUUGCCAAUGCAAUUAACCCAAAUGAUGAUACACUUUACCUCCUUCUGAACGCACUUGUCCCUCUCUUUGCAUCUACCCUCACCCUCAUCCCCAUCCUCCUCCGCCGACUCCCUCUUCAACCAAUUAAUUCGGCUGAUAGCGCCAUACACCACGACUCCCUCAUUUUUCUUAUCCUUUACAUUCUAGCUGCUUUCACUGGCGUCUAUCUCCUUUUCCUUAAUUCCAUAUCCUCUAUUCUGCAUAGAGCCCAUCUUCUCCUACUUGGUGCUAUUAUUCUCUUACUUCUACCCUUAUGUCUGCCUGUUAUUGCAUAUGCUAGGGAGUGGUCUAGUCCAAGUGUCCAUUAUACUUCCCGUUUAAAAAACUCCUCCUUUAUUGACCCUGAGGCUGAUGAGCUUCAUAAAGAACUUAUUGGAAAGGAUACUGCUGCUGCUGCUGCUACUUGCCCUACUACUUACGAAGUACCAGUGAUAGAAAAGGAAGGCUGUUUUGGGAAGGUGAUCAUGGAGAAAGAUAGGCUAACUAGUCUGGGCGAGGAGCAUCGAGCUGGAUUGCUAAUCCAUCGCCUAGAUUUUUGGCUAUAUUUUGUGUCAUAUUUUUGUGGAGGGACAUUGGGACUGGUUUACAGCAACAAUCUUGGGCAGAUUUCAGAGUCACUUGGAUACACUUCCCAUACUAGUUCUCUUGUCAUGCUCUACUCCUUGUGCUCCUUCUUUGGGCGUUUACUCUCAGCUGCCCCAGAUUUCCUUCAUGACAAGGUGUAUUUUGCAAGGACUGGGUGGCUUGCAGUUGCACUAUUGCCAGUACCAAUGGCAUUGUUUUCGCUGGCUGCAUCAGGUAGUGAGGUAGCAUUGCAUGCAGGCACAGCUCUGAUUGGUCUAAGCUCAGGCUUUGUUUUCUCAGCAGCAGUCUCAAUCACAUCAGAGCUGUUUGGCCCAAACAGCGCUGGGAUCAACCACAACAUCCUCAUCACCAACAUUCCAAUUGGUUCACUCUUCUAUGGUCUUGUUGCUGCGAUAGUGUACGAUUCCAAUGAAGGCAGUAGUGGUCUAGACCAGAGCUUAUUGAAGGAAGCAACGGUUUGCAUUGGCAGAAAAUGCUAUUGGCAGACGUUUAUGUGGUGGGGGUGUUUUUCGCUCUUGGGGUUAGGUUCCAGUUUCUUGCUAUUCAUACGAACCAGGCCAGCUUAUGAUCGGUCUGAGAGGAAUAACCGGUGUGUGCCACCACCAUCCUCCUCUGACAACCAAAUUUUAUUAUGUACAUCUUGAAGUUGAAACUAUAAUGUGUUAUCAAAACCAUUGAUACACAGUGAAAGAGAUGUGUCAAUUUGUUCCUCUCCUCCCGAGUACCGUCAUGGAAACAUAUAUACAAGGUAACGAACGAACGGAUAAGAGAUUAGUUAUCUUA